AUGCCAGAACAAAGUAAUGAUUACAGAGUAGUGGUGUUUGGAGCAGGAGGAGUCGGUAAAAGUUCCCUCGUCCUAAGGUUUGUGAAAGGCACAUUUCGAGAAAGUUACAUCCCAACAAUCGAAGACACCUACAGACAAGUGAUAAGCUGUGAUAAAAGCAUAUGUACUUUACAAAUUACUGACACCACUGGAAGCCACCAAUUUCCAGCUAUGCAGCGCCUGUCUAUAUCAAAAGGACAUGCCUUCAUUUUGGUUUAUUCUGUGACCAGCAGGCAAUCCCUCGAAGAACUGAAGCCAAUCUAUGAACAAAUUUGUCAGAUUAAAGGGGAUGUUGAAAGCAUUCCUAUAAUGCUGGUUGGAAAUAAAAGUGAUGAAACACAAAACAGAGAACUGGAAAGCUCAGAAGGCGAAGCAAUAGCAAAAAAGUGGAAAUGUGCCUUUAUGGAGACAUCAGCCAAGAUGAACCACAAUGUGAAAGAGCUGUUUCAAGAGCUGCUAAACCUUGAGAAACGCAGGACUGUGAGCCUCCAGAUAGAUGGCAAAAAGAGCAAACAGCAAAAAAGAAAAGAAAAAUUGAAAGGGAAAUGUGUGGUUAUGUAA